CCGCCCCGGUAAGCUGACGCAGCGUCUCUAAGCGUUAGCAGCUUUGCCCGCUAAUAGGAUUAGGGAGGUUUAAAACUGUCAUUUGAGUGAACUAAACCCCCUGAUACUCUGCAUUGCACCUUCUUAACCAAUUUGCCUUCAAUUAGGGUAAUUGGGAAACUAGCAAAGAAGUAUAGCAUUAAUAUUUUAAAGUGAUGAAGCGAUUACGGGCCUUGGACGAGGAAGCAAAUCAAUUUGCUAUCUGCUCCUAAAAGGCAAUUAUAAUCAUUUGUCAAAUCAGCCUGCUGGCCUCCCCCGCCCGUGUGAGCCAACACCUUAAGGCGGUUUAGCGGGGCCGGCUCCGCACACACGGCCCUGGUGGGUAAAUCCAAAUCCGGGCAGCUGGGGCGGCUGCGCCCGCGCCGAAAACCAACCCACGGGUGGUCCUGGUGGGGACAUGGCAGUUUUGGGGGGAUCUGUGUGCUCUGGACCACUUUGGAGCUCUUGGUGUCUGCAAGAGGCUCCGGGGGUGGGGUGGGGUCUUCCUGGGGCAGCUCUGCACGCUGUGUCCCCGUGGUGCUGUUGGGAAAUCAGCGGAGCAGGGGAUCGGGGUCUUCUUGCUGCCAUCGUGGCGGCGCUGGCACAAGGUGCUCAUUGGGAUCCAUUUAAUUGGGAUCCAUCUCAUUGGGAUCCAGGAUCCCAGCCUGGGAAUGUCCCCACCACCCUACGGCAGCGCAGGGGGUGAGGGGUCACAGUGCAGUACCACCAGCAGUGACACAUAGUGGCUCUGGGGUCUGUGCCCAGUGUUCAUGGCAGUGGCACUUCCAUGGGAUGGUACAGCGCCUGGGGGUGAUCAAAAGCCCCGCGGUGACGUUCAGCAUCUGAAAGGGGAACCGUGCUAUGGAGAGGAUGGGGGUGGGAGGAAGCCAAAACAGUGGCUAAGGGCUGUGGCAUUGGCAGGUGACAGGAAGAGGGUUUUCGGGGAAAGUAAAAGGAAAUGGAGGCAAAAAGGGGAAUCCUGGCAGCAGGUGGGUGGCACGGGCACCCAGAAAGGAGGAGACCCCAUCACAAUGCUCCUGGCCCCCAACGGGGCAACGUUUCUGUCCCACAGCCCUACAGGCAUAGGGCUGCCUGCAUUGUGGAUCCACAUCCCACAACCCAUGGCCAGACCCCAUGGACAGUCCCGCAGAGUGUCCUCACGCUCUGUCCCAUGCCCAACACUUGUCCCUGCUCUUAGUCCCCACACCUGCUCCUCACUGUCUGUACCCCAUGGCUGAUGUGACACACACAGAUGGUCCCAGAGCUGGUUCCCAAAGCUGGUACCCGUGGUUGGUCCUGAGCUGAUCCCCGUGCCUGUUGUGACAUCCACAGCUGAUCCCACAGAUGGUCCCCAAGCUGGUCCCAACACUCAAGGCUGCUCUCUAUGCCCAUUCCCCACAUAUGGUGUGACACCUAUGGCCAGUCCCUACUGCUGUGUGACAUCCACAGGUGGUCACAUUGCUGCACCCCAUGCCCACUCCCCACACAUGGUGUGAUGUCUACAGCUGAUCCCAUUGCUUGUUCCCAUUCCUGGUGUGACAGCCAUGCUUGAUGUGACAUCCCUAGCUGGUCCUAUAGCUGGCCCCAUGCUCAUUUUCCAUUCUUGGUGUCACUUCCAAAGAUGGUCCCAUCACUGGUCCCCAUGCCUGACGUGGCAUCCACAGCUGAUCCCAUAGAUGGUCCGCAGGCUGGUUCCAAUGCCUGGUGUGACAUACACAGCUGACUCCAUUGCUGGUUCCCAUGCUUGAUGUGACAUCCAAAGACUGUCCCAUUGUUCAGCCCCGUACCCACUCCCCAUGCUUGGUGUGACAUCCACAACUGGGCCCAUCAUUGGUCCCCAUGCCUACUCCCCACGCCCCAUGUGACAUCCACAGCUGAUCCCAUAGCUGGUCCCCAUGCCCACUCCUCAUGCCUGGUUUGACUUCCACAGCUGAUCCCAUCACUUUUCCCCAUGCUCACUCCCCAUUCCUGGUGUGACUUUUACAGCUGGUCCCCAUGCCCAAUGUGACAUCCACAGAUGAUCCCAUCGAUGGUCCCGCUGCCUGCUAUGACACCCAUGGACGUCACACCCAUCCCCACACAUCCCAAAGGACCCCACACGCUGCCAUGGGGCCACCCCAUCACCUCCACUGGGGGACGCAGCCCCACGGCAUCCCCAGCACAGCCCCAUUCCCGGCGGCGCGGCGCUGGCAAAGCCGAAGGAAAUUGUUUCUCUCCCUCCUCCCCCCCUACCCCCCCUGCCUUUCUUCUCCUCGCCCCGUGUUUCUAAUUCUUUUUCCUCUCCCAUAAUGAGGGGAUUACAAGGAAAACUCCAGCAGGACGCCUUUGUGGGGAGACAAUCCGAGCGGGGAAGGCAGCGCGGGGCUUUGUGCGCCCGCAGCCCCCCCGGCCCGCCCGGCGCUGGGGGGACAUUUAGAGCAAUUACUUGUCCAGAAAGUAACUGUCAAUCAUUCUUAAAGGGGAAGGCCUCCAAUUAAUAACCUCGUCUUAAUCCUUUGGACUCAUUUCCAAUCUGCGGGGCCUUGGUGACAUCUGCAACACUAAAUAAAGAUUCUCCCGAGCCUUAGCGCGGCGGUUCUGUGACAAAUAAGAAGACUAGAGGCAACUUUGGCUGCCAAGCUGCAAGAUUGGUGAGGUUGAGCCGCUUGUUUGGUUCCCAGGAGGGACUGGCAAAGUUAAAUACUCCUGGAAAAGCCGCGUCGGGCCCAGCAGGUAACGCCGUUUUACGGGAAUGUGGGAGAAAGUGCCACGGGAGGAGGCUCAGAGCAGAGCUGGGGUGGGCACAGUGCUGUGCUGUGCUGUGAGGACGUGGGGGAGGACGGUGGGUGUCCCCAAACCGCCCCACUGUGCAUCCCGGGUGCCCUCCGAUCCCCAAAGGGAGCGACAGCCGCUGUCCCAAAAGCUCCCGGAGGACACGGAGCGCAGAGCCCACCUGCAGCAUGCGGGGUGUGGGACACCGAUGGCCUCAGCAGUCGGAGGGGCUGCCUGCUGUGCCCACUGGGGCGGUAGGGCUGCAGGGGGACGUGGUGCUGUGGGGUUGUGAUGGCAUGGGGACGCGAUGUGACGGCGCUGGGGACGAGGCGGGCGACAGCACGGCACCGCGCACCCAUCCCGCAGGGUGGUUUCUUUCUUCUUCCUGUUUUCUUGGGGCCUCUUUUCCUUCUGGAUGGGUUUGGGGCUGUGGGGGCCAUCCUGUACACAGCCCUGACCCUCACCCCACUGCCCCGACCUUCCCUGUCCCUGCUUGUCCCCAUCCCCCUCACCCUGUGGGGUCCUGCACCACUCACUCCUCUCCCCUCUCCUUGCAGGUGUGGAGCUGCGCAAAUGAGAAGAGGGUGCCGAGAUGUUCCUCAAUAAGUGUGAGGGGGACCUGGGCGAGCUGCGGAAGCCGGGGGACGGUGAGGGAACCCCUCCAGCUGCUGCCGAGGAGGAGCAGCCCAAGAAGAAGCACCGGCGGAACCGCACCACCUUCACCACCUACCAGCUGCACGAGCUGGAGCGAGCCUUUGAGAAGUCCCACUACCCUGACGUGUACAGCCGAGAGGAGCUGGCCAUGAAGGUCAACCUGCCCGAAGUCCGCGUGCAGGUCUGGUUCCAGAACCGCCGAGCCAAGUGGAGGCGGCAGGAGAAGAUGGAGGCCAGCUCCAUGAAGCUCCACGACACCCCCAUGCUGUCCUUCAACCGGCCGCCCAUGACGGCCAACGUGGGGCCCAUGAGCAACUCCCUCCCGCUCGACCCGUGGCUGACAUCGCCCAUCUCCAGUGCCACCCCGGUGCACAGCAUCCCCGGCUUCAUGGGAGCCCCCCAGGCCCUGCAGCCCCCCUACGGAGGGCACUCCUUCCUCAACACCCCCCCGGGCAUGGCUCAGGGCAUGCAGCCCAUGGCCCCCGCGCCCUACCAGUGCGGCACCCCCUUUGUGGACAAGUACCCGCUGGAGGACGUCGACCAGAGGAGCUCCAGCAUCGCCUCGCUCCGCAUGAAAGCCAAGGAGCACAUUCAGACCAUCGACAAGACCUGGCAGCCCAUUUGAUGAACACUCCCCACUGCUCCCUACCCCGACGGGGUGCUCGGCAGGACCAGAGCAGGGAGGUGGGAGGUGACCCCCCCCGGACGCAGCAUCACGGACAGCAGCAUGGGGGGCACCCAGCAGCCGCCCCGGUGCGGCCGCGCAGGACCUGGGGGAGUCCCUGCACCCCUUUAUUAUUAUUACCAUCAUCAAGAAUUUCUUUUUUUUUUUUUCUUUUUUUAUGCACAAACAGAAACGCUCUAGUUUCGUAGGGAACAACCAGGGGGUGUUGUUUUUUCAGCUGCGUUGGGUGCGGUGUGGGAGAUGGGCGUGUGGUUGGUAAGGAGAAGAGUGGGACGCGGUGUUCCGCUCGGCGAUGGGGAAAUCCACUUUAACAUCACCCACACUCUGCAUCUGCAGGGAAACGUUGCUGUCCCCGCACAUGGGUGACCGAAUCCCAGCCCGCGUCCCGCCUGCUUGUCAGGGGGAAUCUGCUCCGCCGUCACUCCGGCCCUAAUUGCUCUCCAGCGGUGCCAGUGGCACAAAGCUGCCGUAAUUGCUGGGCAGAAGGGGGAGGGCUCAGUCCCAAUGGGGCCAGCGGGGUCCUGAUAGGAGCGGGGACGGAAGGGCGGCGGUGGUGAGAUGCCCCACGAUGGCGCUGGGGAUGGCGUGUGGUCGGCACUGUUGGGGCAGCAAGGGGACGAUGGCACACGUGGGGGCUUCAGGGUUCCAAAGACGGAACGUGUUGGGGCAGAUGGGGUUGGUCGGGGCCAAACAUGGGGCAGAGCUGCACCCGUGGCCACGGUGGCAUUGGGGUCUCCCGCUGACACCAUCCGGGCCGCGCGCUGACCCCGUGGGGACCCGGCUCCUCGUCCCCGUCCCCCGGCUGCUGCUGCUCAUCUGCUUCGUUAGCGAUAAUUAAACCUUUAACAACCCAUUAAACGCAUAAUCGAUGCUCCCCCGGCCCCCCAGCCCAGCUAAUGGGCCACGGGCAGAGGCGUGCUCGGCGCUGGAGAUAAUGAAGCAACGGCUGUGGAAGUAAUGGGGUUUGAUCCGGGGGACGGGACGCGCUGAAUGGGGGCUGCGCCUUUCGCAUGACAUAAUGGCAGAGGUUGGCGCCGACCCCGCCGCGACGCCCGGGCACCCCUCGGCCAACAAAGGGCGGGCGGCGGGGAGGGGGCUGCCCCAUAGCCCACCCUAAUUGGGUCGAGGGGCCCCCACCGCCGCCCCAUGGCGUUGGCACACAGCAGCGAGUGCCCCCCGCUCACGUCAUCAGAGCAGAAGGGCAUUCUUCCUCCCCCCCACCCCAGAUUUCAAUCGUUCCCCAAAAUCUUUACCCCA